GUUCCUCAGCCCUUUGCCUUGCUGCGUUCCUGGUAGCUCCCAGCUUUUUUGCAAGAAAGCUGACACCAUGGCCCCUAAAAAGCCAGACCCCAAGGCCGCCAAGCCUGCUGCAGCCCCAGCGCCAGCACCUGCUCCUGCUCCUGCUCCAGAACCACCCAAGGAACCUGCCUUCGAUCCCAAGAGUGUAACUAUCGAAUUCAGCGCUGACCAGAUUGAAGAGUUCAAGGAGGCCUUCAUGCUGUUUGACAGGACCCCCACUGGAGAGAUGAAGAUCACAUACAGCCAGUGUGGAGAUGUCAUGAGAGCCCUAGGACAGAACCCAACCAACGCCGAGGUUAUGAAGGUGCUGGGGAAACCAAAGCCAGAAGAAAUGAAUAUGAAAAUGCUGGAUUUUGAGACCUUCCUCCCAAUGCUGCAGCACAUCGCUCGAUCCAAGGACCAGGGGACCUAUGAAGAUUUCGUGGAAGGGUUGCGUGUCUUUGACAAGGAAGGGAAUGGCACAGUCAUGGGGGCUGAACUGCGCCACGUACUUGCUACUUUAGGGGAGAAGAUGACAGAAAGUGAAGUAGAACAGCUAAUGGCAGGGCAAGAAGAUGCCAAUGGUUGUAUCAACUAUGAAGCUUUUGUCAAGCAUAUCAUGUCUGGUUGAAGCCAAAAUCCUCCAAGUUCUUUGUGGGGGAAGUUCCAUCCAGCAAGAAUUUUUUAUCGAUAUCCUUCCUCCCUUAUAUUUCCCUGGAAAUGCGUAUGUCACAAGCUGUGUAAGAGGGUCUCUCCAUUACCACAGUGUAACAGCCUCUGUAUAUAAAAGGAUGCAUACUCAUGCAUCAAUUUUAAAUCUUAA